AUCUCCAGUGCAGAGGGCAGACCAGUCGAUAGGUGGCUGUCAACAGCCAGUUACACGAGUCCUCCCGGCCGGCGAGCGGCGUUGUAGUCGGACAGGUGUUUCCUGUGGCUGGGUUCACAUCCGGGAGCGGGGUUGAGGAUUGAUCCGCUUGUGGGGACGGACCGUGAGCGCUCUCGGUUGAGGCCCUGAGGUGUUGUUUUAAGUUGCUGGCGGCAGGGCAGCAGAAAGUUGGAGGUGGCAUUGCGGCUGAGUAGUGAGAGAGACACACUGUUGGGGGAGGUGCAGGGAAGGGAGUCUAGGGGAUAGACGAGAGGAGCUGCUGCAGCGAGAGAGGGAGAAGUAGUGAAGGCAGUGAGAGAGAAGUAGAGUCGGUGGCGUUAGAGCAGGCGGUGAGAGGUAAAGGAAGCAGCGAGAGGGGAAGGUAGUGAAGGCGGUGAAAGGUAGGAACUGGUCGCGUUAGAGGUAGAGCAGGAGGUAGAGGUAGAGUAGGAGGCGUUAACGGUAGACAGGCAACAGAGAGUGGCAGAGCAGCCAGCGAUAGAAGGAGAUAGGAAGAGCAGGCAGCGAGAAAGAGGAAUAAAACAAGAGUGACAGAAAGCGGCAGGUUUUGGGGGAAGAAAGGGAACACAUCGUCAGGCAAAGGAGAUAAAUUGGGUAAGGUAUGCUCUAAUUUAGGUGCAGAAAGACACCUUAUGAAAGAAAGAUUGCCAACCUUGCAGGAAGAGGAACAAGGCUGGGGAAAAUGUUGAGAGCGUGAACUAAACAUUUCAGAAACAAGGUUAAAGUUGGUAGAACUAGGGAGUAAAAGCACUCAAUGCGUAUUGAGGGGCAUGUUGCUUAAGAGCAGAAGUAAUAUAUGAAGGGAAUAUAAUAUAUUUGAAAAUAAAAAAGGAUUUGAGAUAAUAGUGGACAAAUGGAACAUAAUGUCGGACAGCUAACAAAGAACUGCAAAAGAGGGAAUAAACAUUUGGAAUAAAGAGAAGUCACAAUAGCAAGAAGAAACCUUAAUGAAAAUACUGUGAAAAGUGACUAGAACAGAUAUAAAUAACAGAAAACAUCCUGACAAGGCUUAAAAAUAUUUCAUGUUUAGAAUGACUGAGAGUUAGUCGCAGAUUAAGGUUGGAAAGAAAGAAUAGGGAAAAUAACUUGACAUUUGUAAAGAAGAUUCCGACAUGGGCAGGAAGAAAAAGUCACUGCAUGAUUAUGCAGCUGAAUUUUGCGACCUGUCUGUGAAAAGGCACAUUGUGGAGCAAAAGGAAGGUGGGGUGAGAGAUUUGGUGGAGAUUUUGUACUGUAAAUCCUGUGAGAUUCCAAUGAGUGCUCGGAGAGAUCGCAUUUUAGAGCAUCUGGCGUCGGCCAGGCACUACCGCAACAAACGGUUGGAGAAGCAUACUUCAGCCAGACUUCAUGCUACCACCUUACUCAUGUCUCCACCAACGGACCUUUCUGCUGGGAUGUCUGUGCUCGAUCAAUCUGUUCUACCACAGUCUUCAUCAUUUGUAUUCCGACCUAACCCAUGUCCCACCAGCUUCAACAAUAAUGUUUCUUCUCCUGUGUGUCAUAAUCAGAACAUGAUCUCAUUCAGAACAAGUGUAUCCAACUCUAAUACCAACACAGUGACUAUUCGCCAUGACACGGCUACCUCAAACACUUCCUCAGGUUCAACACCUCCAUUCAAUGGCCUUCAAGUCCUUGGUCAUUCCCAUUCUUCAAGAUCCAGUGGCCAAAGGCACAUCAUUCCAGAAGCCUCUAAUAACAUUGUUUCCAACGUGACAAUGGGACGAUAUGUGAACGGUGACUUGAUGGGCAGUCGCAUCGGAUUGGCACUUUUUGGCAUUUGCAGUGGCAACAGAGCUUUGUUUAAAAGUAUUCAAGAGGAGAGUGGCUGCACCUUGCUUUACAUUGUAGAGGACUGCAUUCAGGAUCUGGAAAGUGCCUUCAGUGCAGAUGUUCUUGCGAAUACCAGGGUGUUACGUGGGCAGGAUGCGGACAUUGUGCUCAAUGACCAAUGUGUCUCAGGAGUCAUUAUUUGCUCGCUGGCAGAGGAGGGCUCGGAAGUUGUUCUGGAUGCUUUACGCGCAGGUAAAGGAGUAUUAUGUGAAAAGCUGCUGAGUUUAGACAAACAGAUUGCUGAAUCAUGCUUUGAUGAAGCUGCAAGAGUUGGAAAACCACUGGUCUGUGGACUGUAUAAACGUUUUGAUCCUGCUGUCCAGUUCUUAUACAAAAAGGUUCAUAACAAGGCUCUGGGAAGGAUUCAGCGAAUUGUCAGUGUCAGUAAGACGUAUCCUUCUCCAUCUUUGAACUAUAUUAAAAAGACAGGUGGAAUAUUCUACGAAGGCGUGGUACAUGACUUAGAUACUGUCUGCUGGAUACUUGGAGAAAAUGCUCCAGAUACCAUAUUCUCCUUGGGCCAUGCAUUCUGCCAAGAAAUUGCAGCCCUUAAGGAUGCUGAUGCUGUCUCCGUUAGUAUGAAAUUUGCCAGUGGGGCUAUAGUGACGCUGGAUGUCAGCCAGCACUGUACACUGAGCAGUGACCAGAGACUGGAGGUUCAUGGCUCAGAAGGAACGCUAAAGAUGGAAAAUCAGAAUGCUUUGGGAAUAACUGAACAGGGCACCGCCAGGCCAGUCUGCUCCCACUUGCAUAGUGACCGCUACAAAGAUGCACACAGAGAGCUGCUGAAACACUUCCUCAAGACUCUGAGUGGGAAGGAACAGCCCUUUAUCACGAAGGAGAACUUUCUGUGGACGAUUCAGGUUGCUGCAGCCGCAGAACAGUCAUGGAGGAAUGGGUCGGCAGUGGACCUGCGGAAUGAACCACUCGACGGCACUGUUAUUAAAACAGAAGUGCCCUGAUAAAGACAUGCAUGGCCCUGUUUAAUCACAUGUGGCAGUAAUGCGCAGAGGGGAAAUGUUCUGCAUACCUUUUGUAUUUUGACAGACAGAAAACAGAUACUUGUAAAGGAAUAAUGUUAUUGAAAGUAGGACUAGAAUGGUAGCAAAUGUAUUAGUCUAUUGUGAGGAGAGGGUUGGAGGAGCAAAUUAACCCAUUGAAGGGUCCACUUCUAUGUGCUACUGAGAAGCUGAUGUCUCGCCUGUAAUUGGCAGACCUUAAUGUCAACAGUUCAGAGGGAGAAACAGGUUCCUGCACACAGAAAUAUUUGUAAGUAUCUGGCAUAAGAACCAGGAAAAACCUGCCUCGCUCCCUUCCUACAUGCGGCACUGUCCAUUUCAUGUCCUGUGGCCUAUAAAAGUGUUGAACUCUUGAACCACAUGGGUAAAGCAUGAAUUAAAUUUGGUGUACAUGAGGCUUUCCCAAUAGUGUAUCAGGAGUCCGAAGGCUCAGGUUUAAUGUGUAUUUUUCAGACCACUCUGAGGCGUGAGUUUUCUGUGUGUGAACUAAGAGAAUAUCUCCAACACAUUUUAUGGCUCAUUGACUGGAUCAGCACCAGCACGUGCAACUAAUGUGGGUCAGAUUGCAUAUGGACGUGGUCAUUUUGUUGUUCUCUAUGUAACAUACCUUGGUUUGAUUCUUCGUUACAGUCAUUUAAUUUUAUUGAAUGUGUGCUGUAGUUUCAAAGAAGUUAUUUAGGAAUAUGUGCUUUUAAAUUUGCAAUAAUUGGAGAAUUUCAGAUUGCUAAUAAAUAUGAUACUCACUAGAUCCAUUUUGAUGGUGAAGAAGCAACAAUGUAGAGUUGGGGUGAUGAACAGUUGAAAGCCACCCCUUUUGUAAUAGAUUAGUCCAUUUUUAUUUUUUUAAAUGUAAACAUUUUAAUGGAUGUAAUUAUGUGCACUGCUUUCUCUUUUUUUUGACAGCCAUAUACUGAAAUGCAUAUAAUGUCACUGUUUUGUCAAUGCAUUGAGUAUUAAUUUCAUCUAUCAUAUUAGAUCACUUCUAAUAUUAGAUCAUAUGGUUCAUGUGGCAGAGGGGAGGGAAAAGGAAAGUCCACAUUUUCUGGCUAAGGUUUAUUGCAACAACAACCAAGUUUCUGUUCCAGUGGAGAAAAGCUGACCACACAUCAGCAUUUAAUCCUGACAAAGGAAAACUGAAGGUUGCACAAACGGAAGGUGAGGAGCGUGUGUCUUCUCCACAACACGUCACAGAUCUGCUUUGAGUUUUCAGUGUGUGAGUUAAAUGAAACAAGGAGGAAAUCGUGGAGGCCUUGAUUAGAAUGUGUUAUCCCUCUCUGGCUGCAGGGGUGAUUGGAUAAUUGCUAAGGGACUGUUCUUUAAUAAGUAAUUACAGGCAAGUUAGUGGUGUGAAAAUCAAUUUCAAGGAAUGGUAACACUGACACAUUAUUUAGGGACAUUUGACAUGCAGUUUUUAUCGCAAGCUCAUGUCUGACUAAAGUAAUGGCAUCCUUUGAAGGGGUAACAAAGUGGGUCGAUGAGGAAGGUGAGCUGCAUGGGGAUUUUGGAAAUGCUUUCAACAAGGUCAAAUAUGACUGCAGUCAAAAAGGUAAAAGCCUGGCAAAGGUAAGUUGGAUCCAAAUUGAUUUGGCAGGAAGCAGAGUAUAAUAAUUGAUCGAUGGUUUUGAGAAUAAGGGGCUGUUAUCAAUGGGAUUCCACACCAUUCAUUACCUGUCCUUUUGUAAGAUAGUAAUGAUAUGGACAGUAAGAUAGCUUGAUUUUUUUUUUCAAAGUUCGCAGAUUGUUUAGAAAUUAGUCUUGUGGCUGACAGAGAUGGAGAAGGUGCUGGAAAAAUAGAAUUUAAUUCAGAAAAGUGAGAGGUGUUUGAGGAGGUGCAAGGGUUAGAAGUGGGAGGAUAUUCAGAGCUAUGAAGAAAGAAUUAUCUUUGAGUGAUGUUGGAGAGGGUGCAGAACUUUACUAGAAUGAUGCCUGGACCCAGGGGUAUUAGCUACAGGGAAAGAUUGAACAGACUUGGAUUAUUUCCCCUGGAUGGGUAGAGGCUGAAGGGAGACCUGAUAAAGUAUAUACAAUGAUGAGGCAUUGUUAGGGUAGACAUUCAGCACCUUUUUCUUAGAAUGGAAAUAUCAAAUACUAGAUAAAGUUUGAAGCAGAUAUGCAGGGCAAGGUUUUUACACAGGGCGAUGAAUGCCUGGAACACGCUGCUGGGGGUGGAGUUGGAGGCAAAUAAGUGGCAUUUGGAUAGGCACAUGGAUUUGCUGGGAAUGGAGGGAUAUGGAUUAUGUGCAGGAAGGUAAAAGUUGGUCUUGGCAUCAUGUAACAAAGGUAAUGCCACUGUGGAUAUGGGGAACUUCAAUAUGCAGGUAGACUGGGAAAAUCAGGUUGGUUCAGGACCCCAAGAAAGAGAGUUUGUAGAAUGCCUCCGAGAUGGAUUCUUAGAGCAGCUUGUAAUGGAGCCGACCAGAUAAAAGGCAAUUCUGGAUUUAGUGUUGUCCAAUGAACCAGAUAUGAUAAGAGAACUCGAGGUAAAGGAACCGCUUGGAGGUAGUGAUCAUAAUAUGAUUUGUUUUAAUCUGCAAUUUGAGAAGGAGAACGUUAAAUCGGAAGUGUCAGUAAUGCAGUUGAACAAAGGGGACUAUGAAGGCAUGAGAGGGGAGCUGGCCAAGGUAGACUGGAAAGGGAUCCUAGCAGGAAUGACGGUGGAACAGCAAUGGCAGGAAUUUCUGGGCAUAAUCCGGAAGACGCAGGAUCAUUUCAUUCCAAAAAGGAAGAAAGAUUCUAAGGGGAGUAGGAGGCAACCGUGGCUGACAAGAGAAGUUAGGGAUAGAAUAAAACUAAAAGAAAAGAUGUAUAACACAGUAAAGAGUGGCCGGAAACCAGAGGAUUGGGAAACUUUCAUAGGACAACAGAAGGAAAUGAAACGGGCUGAAAAGAUGAAGUACGAAGGGAAGCUGGCCAGGAAUAUAAAAAAGGACAGUAAAAGCUUCUUUGGAUAUGUUAUGGGAAAAAGAGUAGCGGUCAAAUGUGGGUCCCUUGAAGGCAGACACGGGUGAAAUUAUUAUGGGCAACAAGGAAAUGGCAGAAGAGUUGAAUAGGUACUUUGGAUCUGUCACUAAGGAAGACACAGACAAUCUCCCAGAUGUUUUGGAGGACAGAGGAUCUAAGGGGGUAGAGGAACUGAAAGAAAUUUUCAUUAGGCGAGAAAUAGUAUUGGGUAGGCUAAUGGGACUGGAUGGAUGAUAAAUCCCCUGGGCCUGAUGGUCUGCAUCCCAGGGUCCUCAGGGAGGUGGCUCUAGAAAUAGUAGAAGCAUUGGUGAUCAUUUUCCAAUGUUCAAUAGAUUCAGGAUCAGUUCCUGUGGAUUGGAGGAUGGCUAAUGUUAUCCCACUUUUCAAGAAAGGAGCGAGAGAGAAAACGGGGAAUUACAGACCAGUUAGCCUGACUUCAGGGGUGGGAAAGAUGCUGCAGUCAAUUAUUAAAGAGGUAAUAAUGGGGCAUUUGGAUAGCAGUAAAAGGAUUAGUCCAAGUCAGCAUGGAUUUAUGAAAGGAAAAUCAUGCUUAAUAAUCUUCUGGAAUUUUUUGAGGAUGAGACAAGUAAAAUGGAUGAAUGGGUGCCAGUUGAUGUAGUGUAUCUAGACUUUCAGAAAGCCCUUGAUAAGGUCCCGCAUGGGAGAUUAGUGACUAAAAUUAGAGCACGUGAUAUUGGGAGUAGGGUGUUGCCAUGGAUAGAAAAUUGGUUGUCAGACCGGAAGCAAAGAGUAGGAGUGAACGGGUCCUUUUCAGAAUGGCAGGCAGUGGCGAGUGGAGUGCCGCAAGACUCGGUGUUGGGGCCGCAACUGUUUACCAAAUAUAUUAAUGAUUUGGUAGAGGGAAUUAGGAGCAACACGAGCAAGUUUGCGGAUGACAUAAAGCUGGGUGGCAGUGUGAACUGUGAAGAGGAUGUUAGGAGGUUGCAGGGUGACCUGGACAGGUUGAGUGAGUAGGCAGAUGCGUGGCAGAUGCAAUAUAAUAUAGAUAAAUGUGAGGUUAUCCACUUUGGCGGCAAAAACAAGGGGGCAGAUUAUUAUCUCAAUGGAGUUAGGUUAGGUAAGGAGGAGGUGCAGCGAGUCCUGGGCGUCCUUGUACACCGGUCAUUGAACGUUGGCUUACAGGUACAGCAGGCAGUGAAGAAAGCUAAUGGAAUGUUGGCCUUCAUAACAAGAGGAUUUCAGUAUGGGAGUAAAGAGGUUCUGCUGCAGUUGUAUAGGGCUCUGGUGAGACCACAUCUGGAGUAUUGUGUCCACUUUUGGUCUCCUAAUCCCUAGGAUGGUGGAACUUGUAUGAGGAAAGAUUGAAAAGACUAGGCUUGUAUUCACUGGAGUUUAGAAGGAUGAGGGGGUAUCUUAUAGAAACAUAAAAUUAUAAAAGGUCUGGACAAGCUAGAUUCAGGAAAAAUGUUCCCAAUGUUGGGCGAGUCCAGAACCAGGGGCCACAGUCUUAGAAUAAAGGGGUCAUUUAAGACUGAGCUGAGAAAAAACGUUUUCACCCAGAGAGUUGUGAAUUUAUGGAAUUUCCUGCCACAGAGAGCAAAUGGCCAAGUCACUGGAUGGAUUUAAGAGAGAGUUAGAUAGAGCUCUAGGGGCUAGUGGAGUCAUGGGAUAUGGGGAGAAGGCAGGCAUGGGUUAUUGAUAGGGGACGAUCAGCCAUGAUCACAAUGAAUAGCGGUACUGGCUCGAAGGGCCAAAUGGUCUCCUCCUGCACCUAUUUUCUAUGUUCAGAACAGACAUUGUGGGCCAAAACUCUAUAGUUUAAUGUUCUAUGCAUGUGCACAGAUUCUUAAAAAUAACAGGACCGGUCAUUAAGAUGGUUAAAGAGGAAAAUGGGAUUUGAUCAUUUAUUAGUCAAGGAAUAGAAUAUAGGAAUAGGAGAUUAUGCUGGAAUUUUGAAUAUAAUAAUUGAUCGACCACAGCAUUACUAACAUAUUCAUUUCCAGUCACCACAUUAUGUCAGUAUGAUUGCACUGAAGAGGAUGCAGAGGAGAAUGAAAAGAAUGUUGCUGGGAGUACAAAUUUCCCUCUGCACAUCAAUGCUGUUAAAGGCCUUGCCAUUAGCUGUAUACUCGUUCCUGCAUUCAACCUCCCAAAAUGCAUCACCUCACACUUCCUCGUAUUAAACUCUCUGAUAUUUCUGCAGCUUGUCUGUUUCCUGCUGUAUCUACCAAUCUAUCUACAUUUGCCAUAAUAUCUGACAGACCUAUCUCCUGUUCCUUUUUUGCGCUCCUGAUUUUCUUCCUAAGUAUGCUCACAAGUUCCCAAAACUCCUCCAGGUAUACUUGAUCCCAGCUGCCUAUACCCGUCUCAUGCCUCCUUUUUCCUGACCCGAGCCUCAAUUUUUCUCGUCAUCCAAAUUUCCUUACGCCUACAUGCCUUUCCCUUAUUCUUGUCAUCACACUUUUAAAAGCAACUUUCUCUGCAGACAUGCCUUAGCCCGCAAACCACCUGCUCCAAUAAACGUGAACGUGUUCCUGUCCAGAAAGCACAAAGUUCGCAUGCCCCAAUACAGAAUUUUAACUCGUGGGCCUGCCCUGUCUUUAGUUGUAACUAUUUGUAAACUAAUAGAACAGCAGUCACUGGUCCUAAAUGACUCACCCACGGGCACUUUAGGCACUUGCCCUUCCCAAUAUCCUAAGAGUAGAUCAAGUGUUGCCCUCUCCAGUGUAGGGCCCUCUACAUAUUGCUGGAGGAAACUUUCCUGGUCACAUUUGACAAAUUCCACCCCUUCUCACCCCUUGAGUAAUACAUGCAGUGUGGAACUAGGCCCUUUGGCCCAACUUGCCCACACCAGCCAACAUGUCCCACCUGCCAUAUCCUUGGCCCAUAUCCCUCCAAACUUGUCCUAUCCAUGUACCCGUCUAACUGUUUCUUAAACCUUGGGAUAGUCCCAGCCUCAACUACCUCCGACGGCAGCUUGUUCCAUACACCCACCACCCUUUGUGUGAAAAACUUACCCCUCAGAUUCCUAUUAAAUCUUUUCCGCUUCACCUUGAAACUCUGUCCUCUGCCCCUUGAUUCCCCUACUCUGGGUAAGAGAUUCUGGGCAUCUACCUGAUCUAUUCCUCUCAUGAUUUUAUGCACCUCUAUAAGAUCACCCCCUCAUCCUCCUGUGCUCCAAGGAAGAGACCCAGCCACUCAACCUCUCCCUAUAGCUAAGACCAUGUAGUCCUGGCAACAUCCUCAUACAUCUUCUCUGAACCCUUUCAAGCUAUAACAUGGUGCCCAGAACUGAACACAAUACUCUAAACCAGUCUCACCAACAUCUUAUACAUCAAUGUAGAAAAUACUAAUGCCUAAUUCAGCUGGAAGUCUAAAGGUGAUCAGGAACCAGCUGAUUGUCAAGUAUGUGUAUGCAUUACAUUGUGAGUAAAUUCAGAACACUUGCAUCUCUGCGAUAUUUAACAUAUUUAAACUACAUACAUGCUAUAAGAUUUCAGACAGUGCCAUCAAAGGUAAAUACCUAUUUUAGUUGAGGCACAGUCUUGUGUCACAAUGCAGGUCCAUUGAUUGUGGAAAAGAAUCAAGCCAUGGCAAAUUGGGAUUAUCCAAUAUCAGAUUUGAGUCUGGAGAUUAGAGGAGGAAGCGAGAACUGAAUGUUGUGUAGAGGCACCAGUGUCCAGGAGCUCUACACACCAGUCAUCUGCGUCUGUUUUCACUGUUGAUGUUUUGUGGCAGGUUUCAUCAAUGGUGGAAACAUUUUGGAGCUUGCAAAGCUAGUCUGAAGUCAUUAAAAAAAAAGCAUGCAUUAUAGUGUAGUCUUUUACCCCAGAGGGCCAAAAAUGGUGGCGGGCAUACGUUUAAGGUGAGGGGGUAAGUUUAAAGGAGAUUUAUGUAGUAAGUUUUUUUUAAGUUUUUUUUUUUUAGUUUUUUUAUUAGAAGUUAAUACAGUACAAAACAGUACAGUGGGACCUAAUUUUAGGUGCCAACUAUGUAAUACCAUAAUCCAUUCUAUGUACAACCUCUAGUUUUAUGUUAUGAGAAGGAAGUAAGCAAGACAAGAAAAAGAAAACAAUAGAAAGAGGAAAAAGUGGAAAAAUAGAUGGUAGAGAGUAGAAAAACGUGAAGUGUGUAUAUAAAAAAUAAAAAAGGAAGAGAGAAAGUGGAAAGUAAAAAUAGAAGAGAAGGCCCCUUAAAAGAGAAUUUUUCAAAUCUGUAUUCGGAGAUGUAGAUCUAUCCGCGUCAUGAACUGAAAUCAGCAAUCUUUACGGUACCGCUGCAUCACAUGAUUCCAAAAUGUCGAUGAAAGGAGACCAACUCCUUAAGAAUUGGUCAUAUUUAUCUAUUAGUCGGAGUCUCAUUUCUUCAAGGCAUGCUAUGUCCAUCAUAUUCCUAAUCCACAUUUUAACAGUUGGUAUGGUUGUAUUUUUCCAAAAUUUAAGUACAGGUGCACAACCUUUUAUCCGGUGUUCCAGAAACCGAAAAGCUCCGAAAACCGACCAUUUUUUCCAGACGUCGUCUGCGCACCAAAGCUCGCGUUUGGCGCCAAACCUGACCCAAAAUGACCCACGGUCAACCCAGGUCUGUACUACUGUAGCGGCUGCCUCCUCCCUGGAGACCGGGAGACGCUUAAACAUCUGUAAAUCAUUGCUUAAAUGUUAGUCAGUUAGUUUGGAGGGCUUUUAUGUGAAGGGGGGUGAAGGGGUAAACUUUAAUUCUUAGUCCCCUACCUGGUCGGAGAGGCGGGGAGCGGUCAAUGCCUUACCGGGUCGCUGUGCAGUAAGCUCCGCAGCGCUGUGGCCGGUGGGGCCGCCGGUUGUAGCUCCGA